AUAUAUAUCUAGAUUGAUUAUUAUAGUUGUAUGAUUUAAUUUUUACGAUCGUAAAGAAUUUUAAUUGACUAACUAAUUUUAUACUUAGUGUAAGUUCAUUUAGAGUCGUUCAUAUAUUUACUAUAGACCAUAGACCCGAUGGAUAUUGUUAAUUCAAGAUUAGUUAAAUUUGGGUUACCAAAUCUCGAUGCCUGGCAUUUACCUACGCUAGACACUCCAAUACCUGUUUCACCAUUUGAUAAUGCGAUUUUAACAUGGAUCUUUGAUGGGUCAAUGAAUGUUAUGACACCAUUAACUAUUGCCUUGGUAUAUUUCACUUCAGUUCAUUUCAUUAAUCCAAUUGUUGUUAAACGUCAAUUAAACAAAUAUUAUAAAGCAAAUCCAAAAGAAGCUGAAAAAAAGUCUAUCCCUAAACGUUUAGGUGCUGCUCCUUAUUGUAUUGCAAGAUCAAGUAUAUUUAAUGUCUUUGUUUUUUUACAUAAUGUCUUUUUAUGUGCUUAUUCAGUAUGGACUUUUAUUGGAAUGACAUCUUCAAUUUUAAGUAAUAUGGAAUUAUUUAAAGGAUUAAUCUUACCAAAUUUAUUAAAUUCCCUUAAUACAAAACAAAUUAAUUAUAAAUCAUUUGAAGUAUUCUUUCAAUCUAUUUGUGAUUCUAAUCAAGGAAUCUUUUCAAAAUUAGUUGUUGACAAAGUUGGUCAACAUAAUUUAGAAAUAUUUGGAUGGUGGUUUUAUAUUUCUAAAUUUUAUGAAGUUUUAGAUACAGUUAUAAUUCUUUUAAAAGGUAGACCAUCAUCUUUAUUACAAAGUUAUCACCAUUCUGGUGCUAUGAUGUGUAUGUGGGCCGGUAUUAGAUUUCAAUCCCCACCUAUUUGGAUCUUUGUUGUAUUUAACUCAUUUAUUCACUCCCUUAUGUAUUUCUAUUUCUCCUUAAGUUGUUUACAUAUCAGAGUUCCAAUCAUUUUCAAGAGGGUUUUAACUAGUUUACAAAUCACUCAAUUUGUGGUUGGUGGUUCCAUUGCCAUUUUACAUGCAUUUAUUUGGAUUGUUGAUACAUCUGAUUAUGAAAAUUUAAAAAUCAUUAGUUGUAUUAAUACUCCUGAUCAAGCCUUACCUAUCUUAAUCAAUGUGGCUUACUUAGCACCUUUAACUGGGUUAUUUGCUGCUUUCUACAUUGAAAGUUAUCUUAAACGUGGAAAAUCAGCAUAAGUUUUGGAUAAUUAACUUCUACUUUAUAUAUUCCAUAAAUUCACGGCUGUAACGUUCUGUACAUAUCUGAUCAUACUAAAAUCAAAAUCAUUUCAGACUAUACUUAAUUUAAAAACCAAACUUUACAAAAUGUUCCAUAGAAGAGAUCUAUCUGGGACAUGCUACUGAAAUAUUUAUUCUUAUAGACUUUAAUAAACAUAAUUAAAGCAUGUAAUUUGUUUUUGUGCGUAGUAGUAGUAGUAGAAGAAGAAUUGAAAAUAGAAUCCGUAAGCAUUGUGUAUACUAAAUUUGCAACCGUUAUUGAGACUUGUUAAGAAAAAAG